UUUUCCUCCCGCAGUGAGGAUCGCGGCGACGCGUACACAUAUGUGAACGAUUCUCGGGCAGUCCGAGCUGUGUCUGACGUUCGUGCUGAUGUUGGUGAGUUUUCUGCCGGUCGGCUAAUCGCGAACUGGAAGAAAGUGCGUCGCGCAAUCACAGAAAGUUGAUACCACUUUCAUCGCCGGUUGCACGUUUCGGGUUAGUUUUUCGCUUUGGGUAACAUCGGCGAUCGAUCGAUUGAUCUUGACCUUCGAUCGAGUGUACUCGAGUGCAGUGAGUGCGGUAGUGCAGGAAGCUGCGACAAAAAAUAUACGGCAGAACUUGUAGAGCAAACGAAGGCCGGCGAAGCAGCAAUUGAUUAUGAAAAUCAUCGCUGUGCGUUAAUUGGAGAAAGUCCUGAUAACAAAGUUUAGUGUCCGAAGGUGAUAAAACGCUUAAGUGAACAUUACAGGAGACAAUAAACAGGAUAUGACGCAGACUCCAGCAAAGCCCACCGUUCCGAUGCAGCCAGCAGUCCGACGGCGGAUGUCGCGCCACGGUUCGGUGCUGAUCGAAACCACACCGAGACAAAUUCCGUGGGACCUCAUCGACCGGCUGCUGCUGCCGAUCAUCGGUUGUCACGCGGCCGCCAUCAUCGUUUCCAACGUGCUGAGUUUUCUCGGUAUCUGCCAAUUGUCCUCGUUUCCGCUGUUCUUCUUCUUUUCCAUCCUGGUGGUCAGUGCGGCGAUUGGCUUUCACAGCCUUAAGGUGUCACCGUUAGGAAAAAGUGUCCUCGUUACCGGCUGUGAUUCCCUACUGGCUCGCACGCUGGCUAGGAAACUGGAUGACCUUGGUUUCACGGUGUUUGCUGCCUUCAAGAACCUCGAGGAUAACAUGGAUGCCGGUACACUGAAGGCCAUCUCGUCCGGGCGCUUGAAAACGAUUCAGCUGGAUCUCACUUCCGAAGUACAGAUGCUGGAGGCUUCGCUCUACAUCACCGAACACCUGCCGGAAGGAGCUGAGGGGCUGUGGGCGCUGGUACACUGCGACAUGUGGUGUGCCCUUGGCGAACUCGAAUGGAUUCCAUUUCCGGUUUUGCGAAAAUCGUUCGAUGUCAAUGUUUUAGGAGCUUCCCGUCUAACCCAGAUCAUGUUACCGCUGAUACGUCGGGCCGGUGGUCGUGUGGUUUUUCUAUCAUCGGCCAUCGCCCACAUUCCGUCACCGGUUCGUGGAAUCCAGUGUGCCACCCAGGCUGCCAUCGAGGGACUGGCGUCGUGUUUGCGCCACGAACUCAAGCAACGUAUCGUCGACGUAUCGAUCAUUUGUGCCAGCGAAUUCUCAUCCGGAAGUGCCUGGCUGGACGAUAAAAUAAUGAUGGACCAGGCUAAAUCCAUGUGGGAAAUGCUGAGUGAUGAGCAGAAAUCGGAGUACGGCGAGGACUAUUUCGAGCAGGCAAUUCGUUCCUUGGACAAAUUUACCAAUACGGAUGGCGAUUUUCACUCAACCGUUCGUGCAUUGACCGACUCUAUCAUUCGUUCGUUCCCACUGUUCCGUUACACACCGUUAUCACGUUACGAAAAGCUUCAAACCAUCGUUGCCGAACAUUUGCCGAGAUCAGUGUACGAGAUGUUCUACGAAAAUUGAAAUGGAACAUGUCUCCCUCUGUUCAAGCUCCGUAAACUAACAUUGCUUUGACUUUACCGUACCAUGACGUGUUUGUAAAUCUUCUGUAGUAACAUAAAAUUUUUGGCAUGUGUGUUUAAUAGGGACCCAGUGGUAUUUACUAUUUCGGGAUAGUGUAGAAUGAAUUUGUAGUAAUUGGGUCAUGAGGUGUUAUAUAAAACCAGUUUUCAUCCUUUGUGCAACAAUCAAUGUUCAUGUUUGAUAGCGCGUGUGUAGGCAUAUGCUAAUGAACAGUUGAGAAAGCUUCGAAAUAAAUUUGCGAUA